UUUUACUUUCCGACCUAUUGUAGAUGCUUGUUCAGCUUAAUAGUUUAUCCAAACUGUUGCGUAUAUAAUGAAAAUUGUUUACAUGUACUUUCAAGUGUAUUUACCAUCAAGUAUCACGUUCUUAAUUUAGUUAGGUUCUCUUUUGCGAAAUUAAGAAAAUAUGUUGAAUCUUAAGGAAUUGAAAUUUAGAUCCGUCCCAACAGGAAUGGAAUAACAUACAUUUUUUAAAAAUAUACGACUGUAAUUAAAUCGUCAGAAUGGAGACUGAAAAUUUUCAUUAUAGAGGCGUUAUCUUACCUCUCUCGGUAGUUGCAGUUAAAGUAACAAAUAUUUUAACGCCGUAUAUCGUAAGAGUUACCAAAAUUCAAGACUGCGAGGAGAAAUUUAAAGUUAUUCAUAAAAAAUUAUUGUUAGUAGAAAGAAAACUAUGCAACACAGACGCAAAACAUAUAGAACCAAAAAUAGGAGAUAUGAUUAUAGCAUGCGAUAGUUUACAUAAAGACAUUGAUCUUCCUUCCUGGUUGUGUAGAGGAAUUAUUUCCAAUGUUGUAAAUAAUUCUAAGAAUACGUACAAUGUUUUUUUACUUGAUUAUGGUACUUCCGUUGUAUUAGAAAGGGAAAAUUUUUUUGUGUGUUCGGCCGAUACAAUUUCAGAAGAGUAUUUAAGUUCAACGGUGGGAUUAUACAAUGUUUUACCUGCCGCUAUAAACAACGAUACAUCGACAAAAGGAGAAACGUCAGUUCUAGUUUUAGAAGAAUGGAGUUUAUCUGCGAUUGAAUAUACAAAAGAAUUAAUGACUGCGUCCGAUGCAGUUUAUUUCGAUUGCUUAGCAUCCAACGAACAUGGUAUACAAUACGGUGAAUUUUAUUUUAUUAUCGAGGACACUGUAAUAAGUUUAAGUAUGGCUCUGGUUCUUAAUAAUUAUGCCAUUUAUUUGGAAGGAGAAUUGCUGACAUUUAUAGAAAGCUCCGAAAACUAUAAAAAAUCAUAUAAAAGAGUAAUUAAUGGUGAAACUAUAUUUUGUAUGAACAUUUCGAAUGAUUACAAAAUUAAUAAUGAACCUGGCAAACAAAAACAAAGAUGUUUAAAAGAGUCGCUUAAAAUGGAAAAAAUAUUAAUCUACGGACACAUGAAGCGCGAAUCCUUGAAUACAGUUUCAGAUCUUAGAUUCCCAGCCGAAAUACACAAGGCUUGGAAUACAUCGAUGCAGUCAACUAUACCAACAAAACUACAAUCGUAUAUUUGGCCUGCCAUAAAAAAAGGUUUGGACGUAAUAGCAAUCGGAACAGAAAAAUCUGGUAAAACCUUUGGAUACAUAUUUGCUGUUUGCGGACUCCUGGCUACAAAUUCAAACGUAACAAUACCACACUUCGAACAUCCGUCUGCAUUAAUAUUAUGCUCCUCCUCCGCUGAAGUAUUGGAAGUUCAAGCUUUGUGCACGACAUUUCUACAAAGCUAUAGAACCAUACCAGCUGUAUCUGUAAUUAAUGGUAAAACAAGAAAGUCACUGAUGGUCGAAGCGUAUAAUGGAUGUCGGAUCCUAAUAUCUACACCAAACUCUUUGUUACGUUACAUGGGCGAAGUCAGAAAAUUAUUAAAUUUUGAAAGUCUUCGAUAUUUAAUAAUAGACGACGGUGACAUUGUUUUGGAUAAGUACUUUGACUCUGUAAUUAAAUUGUUUAAGAGACAUAAAGUUAUUUAUAAUAGAGAGUUACAAAAUAACAAUAUAUCGUUACAAAUUAUAAUAACUGGUAGGCAUUGGACGCCACGAUUGAAAAAAAUUGCUCGCACUUUAAUGUACAAUCCGUAUAUAUGUAUAGCAUCGUUCAUUGAAGCUGCCAUUUAUAAGUCUGUACUACUAAAGAUGUACAUAAUACAUUCAAAAAAUAAACACAAAAAAAUUUUAGAUUUAUUAGGCAACGAAUAUUCCAAAUUAAGAACUGUGAUAGUUUGUGUAAAUAGUAACGAGGCCGAGGAAUUGUAUGAAUUUUUAAGACGUUGUAAAGACUGUAUUUUAGCCCACGAAGAUAUAGACAUGAUUCGCUUGCAGGGUGUAAAGCAUUGUUGGGAUGUUUCUGUAAGCGGCUCCUAUCCAAUUUUAAUAUGCACAGACGAAGUAUUGUCAGACCUACAUAUUACGAAUGCACUAUGGUUGAUACAUUAUUCGAUCUCUCUGCGCUUCAAGACCCAAUUCAACUACCGAUUUUCAACGCUCUUCGAAAAUUUGCAAACAGAAAAGUUUAACUGCCAAGUAGCUAUUAUGGUAGACGAGAACAGUGACGUACAAUUUUUAAGUAUAAUUAAAGUAAUGCAACGCAUGAACGUCUUAAUUCCUCCGGAUAUGUCAACAAACAUCAAGCGUAUAACGGCUGGUUUGGACAAAAAUAAAGAGAAGUUUCCUAUUUGCACUAAUAUCAAAUUGUGGGGAUUCUGUCGCAAGAAAUAUUCUUGCGCGCUCAGACACGGAAUAAUAUCAGAAAUCGACACACCGGCUAUAAAUAUUCGAAUAAAUGAUAAGAUAAAAUUGAGGGUACUCAAUAUACACGAUGUCACGCACAUUUCUGCUAGAAUCUUAUCGUAUAUUAAAUUUGAUACAUUGGAAGAAAUAGAAUUGUCUAAUGUAGAUUACAUGGAAAUUACCAUGAAAAUCCAAGAGUUCUAUUCGUCCGUUGAAAACAGGAGAAGAUGCGAGACGAUAAACGUCGGAGGUGUAUAUGGUUUGGAAGAACCAAUAGACAGUUUUAAAAGGGUAGAAAUUCUGAACGUUGAAACAGACGAUAAAACAGAUACGCCAAAGUUCGUGGAUGUAAGAUGCAUAGACAAUGGAGUAAUUUUGACGAAGCUGAAUGCAUAUAGAUUGUUGCACAUGCCGGAAGAAUUUAUGAGAUAUCCGGCGCAAGCAGUGGAAGUAUUUCUAGCUGGUGUAGUUCCACAUGACGAUGAAUAUCUUUGGAAUCGUUGUGCAUUUGAGGCUGUCUAUCAGUGGUUCAAAAGAAACGUAGAUGAACGAUCCUAUGUCAUUGCAACGGUGAGCCUUCAUCUGAAAAACAUAUUAUGGGUGAACACGUUGGAAGUUGGAACAAAAUUGAUCGGAUAUAAAGAUGUCGUUGGUUCCUCUUUAAAAACAGACUUGUUGGAAAAGGAUCAUGCUAUCGAAAAUGACAAACAUUUAAAACAGUUGUAUCAACUUUGCAAAGAGGAUGGUUUUUUGAAAAUUAAUGGGUGCGAUUUAAAUGUUUUACUGGACGAAGUCGAGUAAAAGAUCAGAGGAUCAGAAACGAUGGAAGCUAAUUUUAAAACUUUAUUAUUCUUAAAAUCAUUACGCGCGGUGAUUUUAAGUGAUUUAAUUCGUUUAUUAGUUUUUUUUACUCUAAUCGUUAGUUUUCUUUUUUUUUUUGCAACUGUUGCAUAGAUUGACAAUGAAAUGGAAAGAAAGUUAAUUUAAUACAAAGACGUUUAAGAUAAUUGAUACACAUGAUACUCGCAGAUGAGUUGUAUCGAAUCGAAACGAUAUGAGAUUGUUAGGAUCUUGAGAAAUUAAAGGCACCACGGUGGGCUCUCAGCUGAACGAAUUUUAUUCUAAAUUCGAAUACCUCGUUAUACAGGGUGUUCGGCCACCCAUGGGAAAAAUUUUAAUGGGAGAUUCUAGAGGCCAAAAUAAAACGAAA